AUGGCAGAAGGUAAAAGGGUCUUGAUUCCUAACUCUGAUAAUCCUUCCUUGCAAAUUAGUCCCAUAAAACUUGAUGGAACCAAUUAUCUUGCUUGGUCAAGGUCUUGUUUGUUGUUUAUUAAGGCUAGAGGACUGCAGGGCUAUGUUAUUGGUAAUAAAAAGCAACCGGAUGAGAGUGAUCCAUAUUUUCCUCAAUGGGACUCGGAUAAUUGUCUUGUUAUGACAUGGUUACUUAACUCUAUGCAACCUCAUAUCUCUAAGUCCUAUUUGUUAAUUGAUACUGCUAUAAAAAUAUGGAAGGCUUUGUCCUUAACUUAUUCCAAGAUUGGGAAUGAUGCCCAAAUUUAUGAUAUUCGAAAUAAGAUCAUGGAACUUGAUUACUAUCAAGACUUCCAGGCAGACUGCACUGGAGAUGCAGUCAAAUUUUGGAGAAUGAUUGAAAAGAAGGGGGUCUAUGAUUUUCUUGCAGGGUUGAAUAAUGAAUAUGAUCCAAUUUGGAUCCAAGUGUUGGGAAGAAAUCCUUUUCCUUCUCUAGAAGAGACCCACACCCAUGUUCAACAAGAGGAAAGUCGUCGACAUGCUAUGCUCUAUACUGCACCAGUUGAAAAGACUGGGUUAACUACUAGUUUGAGCACACCACAACCUCCUACUUCUGAGAAAGAUCACCUAUACUGUGACUAUUGUGGGAAACCGAGGCAUACCAAAGAGACUUGUUGGAAGUUACUUGAUCGUCCCACUAGAGGUUGUGGAUGA